AUGAUAAUAAUAGAUAGUAAAAAAAACUAACUUGUAGAUUUAUUUUUGUUAAAAUAGAAUUUUACUUUGAAGAGAAAAUAAAUUUAUAAUUAAUAAAUUUUUAUUAUUUAUAAUAAACUAUAACAAGCUCUAUAUAGCUAGAUUUAUUAUUAAAUUUAAUAAAAACUAAUAAAUCAGAAAGAACAAAUUUAUUAAAUUUUGUAAAAAUUUGGCAGCUUGAUUGAUAUUUAAAAUAAUUUAUUUGCAGUAAAUUAAUUGAAUUUAAAUUAACAAAAUAACUAAAUUGAAAAAAUUAAUUUGAUUAAGAUUAUUAUAUUUAUUUAAAGAAAUUAAGAUCUGAAAGAUUUUGAUGCUGGAGAUAUUGGAGUUAUUGCUUCUAAUUUUAAAAAUAUCUAGAAUCUAUGCUUAGACUUAUCAAAUAAUUAGAUAACUAAUGACGGAUUCAGCUAUCUACUCUCAGAUAUUUAAAAGUGCAAACAUUUAUGCAACCUCUAAAUUAACUUAAGCAACAAUUAAAUAGACUUGAAUAGCUUAAUUGAAGAGUAAAUCUGCUAAUUAAAAAUCAAAUCCUAUGAAAUUUAAUUAAAUGGAAAUAAACAUCAGGGGAAAGUCAAAUAAUCUUUUAGCUUUAAUCAAAAGAGUUGA